AUGGCCCGGAGCAGCGCGGCAGCGAGAUGGGGCGUCCUGGUCCUGCUCUGGGGCUGCACCGCUGGCCUGCCCACAGACAGCAGCGCCUUCAGACGGAUCUUCCUGAAGAGAAUGCCGUCGGUGCGGGAGAGCCUGCAGGAGCGCGGCGUGGACGUGGCCAGACUCGGAGCUGAGUGGAGCCAGUUUGCUGUGGGACUGGCGCUGGGCAACAGCACCUCCCCCGUGGUCCUCACCAACUACCUGGACACCCAGUACUAUGGCGAGAUCGGCAUCGGCACCCCACCCCAGCCCUUCAAAGUCAUCUUCGACACGGGCUCCGCCAACCUCUGGGUGCCCUCCAGCAAAUGCAGCCCUCUCUACACCGCCUGUGAGAUCCACAGUCUCUACGACUCUGCGGAAUCCUCCAGCUACAUGGAGAACGGGACCGAGUUCACCAUCCGAUACGGGUCCGGCAAAGUCAAAGGCUUCCAGAGCCAGGACGUGGUGACGGUCGGUGGAAUCACGGUGACGCAGACGUUCGGCGAGGUCACGGAGCUGCCCCUGAUCCCUUUCAUGCUGGCCAAGUUCGACGGGGUCCUGGGCAUGGGCUUCCCGGCACAGGCCGUCGGAGGGGUCACUCCCGUCUUCGACCACAUCCUCUCCCAGAGGGUCUUAAAGGAAGACGUCUUCUCGGUCUACUACAGCAGCAGCUCGGAGAAUUCCCACCUGCUGGGCGGAGAGAUUGUGCUGGGGGGCAGCGACCCCCAGUACUACCAAGGCAAUUUCCACUACGUGAGCGUCAGCAAGCCCGGCUCUUGGCAGAUCAACAUGAAAGGGGUGUCUGUGAAAUCGGCCACGCUCCUGUGCGCCGAGGGCUGCACCGCGGUGGUGGACACGGGAGCCUCCUACAUCUCGGCCCCCACCGGCUCCCUGCGGCUGCUCAUGGACACUCUGGGGGCCAAGGAGCUGAGCGCCAACGAAUACGUGGUGAGCUGCAACCAGGUCCCCACGCUGCCGGAUAUCUCCUUCCGCCUCGGGGGCAGGGCCUACACCUUGACCAGCGCCGACUACGUCUUACAGGAGCCCUACAGCCACGAGGACCUGUGCACACUGGCCCUCCACGGUCUGGACGUCCCCCCGCCCACUGGGCCCGUGUGGGUCCUGGGCGCCAGCUUCAUCCGCAAGUUCUACACGGAGUUUGACCGGCGCAACAAUCGGAUUGGGUUUGCCUUAGCCCGCUGA